GUGACUGUGACGGGCUUGUGAGAGGCGCGCGCGCUCUCAGCAGCACGGUGAGCACACCGCAAAAAGAGAGAACCGGCAGAGAGAAAGAAUGUGAACAAGGUGGAUUGGGCUGAGCUGCUUUGUGUCCUUACUAUUGGAGCUUUCUACGCCUAAAAAAAGAACAAUAGGACUAUGAGCUCGUUUUUUCCUCUUUUCUUCUAUUUGUGUUAGCCUUCUUUUUUCCCGUUUUCUCAGAGAUGGACUGGAAGCGGCGUUGCGAGUGAGUGAGGAGCAUCAUUUACCUUCACCGGAAAUUCAUUCUUAAUGACUCCAUUUGGAUACACGACUCAGAGUGUAUGGGAGUAUUUUUCGACAAAACGACCUUGUUUUGGUUAAGAAACCCUUGGACAUCAUGAGCUCUAAUGAUAUUGUAUGUUCAGCACCGCUGUCGUCUUCCCAAACACCGUGUUUUCCACAAUCUAAACACCAUGGACGUCUCAGAGUAAAGGGGGCUCGUGACAUGGGAAGAAGUGCUUGUCGUCAGGAUGUAGAAGGCUGAGGAAUGAGCGCACCAUAUCACCAAGGCUCAAUGGGAGAUGAGCCAAAUGGUGGGGCAAUUCGGUGUCAACGGUGUCGGGAAGUGUGCAAAGGAGAAGUGGUUCGAGUUCAAGACACCCACUUUCAUGUCGAGUGUUUCACCUGCACCGUGUGUAACUGUGAUCUGGCGAGGUCAGGUUUCUUCCAGAAGAAGGGCGAGUACAUCUGCACAGCAGACUACCAGCGACUGUACGGCACACGGUGCGACCGUUGCAACAGUUUCAUCACGGGCGAGGUGGUCUCUGCUCUGGGACGGACUUACCACCCCAAGUGCUUUGUCUGCAGUGUUUGCAGUAAACCUUUUCCGAUUGGAGACAGAGUGACAUUCAGUGGAAAGGAGUGCGUGUGCCAGCAGUGCUCUCGCUCAGUGGUCAAGCCAAAUGAACCUAUCAAAAUCCACGGGCCCAGCCACUGUGCCGGAUGUAGAGCAGAGAUCAAGCAAGGUCAGUCUCUCUUGGCGCUGGAGAAGCAGUGGCAUGUCAGCUGCUUCAGAUGUCAAACGUGCAACAUGGUCCUCACCGGAGAGUACAUCAGCAAGGAUGGCGUUCCAUACUGUGAGGCAGACUACCAUGCCCAGUAUGGGGUGAAAUGUGAGGGCUGCAGCAGAUAUAUAAGUGGAAGGGUUUUGGAGGCUGGAGGGAAGCACUACCAUCCAACGUGUGCUCGCUGUGCUCGCUGUAACAUGAUGUUCAAGGAGGGAGAGGAAAUGUAUCUGACAGGUUGUGAGGUGUGGCACCCAUUAUGCAAGCAGGCAGCAAGAGCAGAGAGGAGGCACAAGGUGAGACAGAUAUACAAUUUUCGAUUUUUUGGGUUAGAACUGAAACAGUGGGUUUCUCAAUGUUAUGUGCUUUUCUUUGUUUAUACCUCACAGCACAGACGCCUGUCAGAGACCUCUAUCUCUCCUCCAAGCUCCUCCAUUGGCUCUCCCAAUAGGGUUAUAUGUGCCAGAUUGGCGAAUGAGUUCCUAGAUUAUAAGGACCUAGCUGCCCUCCCACAGAUCAAGGCCAUAUAUGAAGUCCAGCAGCCCGACCUCAUAUGCUCCUCAUAUCAGCCCUACCAGAGAUACACCUCUGAUGACAGGCUAGACAUGACUUACAGCUAUGGGGAGUCACUUGGGACACUUUCUCCUUAUUCUCAGGACUACGACUGCCUGGACAUGAAGCAGAGGCGAUGCUCCAGUCCAAGUUACAUUGACUCUCCUACCUACAGUCGUCAAGGCAUGUCACCCAUCAUGCCUCGGUCUCCGCAGCACUUUGGUUACCCUGGAUCCGAGAGUGGCAGGAGCUCACCUUACUACGGCCAAGAGGGGCGGUCCAACACACCAACCCUCAUCCAGCCCCCAAAACAUUUUCAUGUACCAGCCACAGGGGAGCCCAACAUCUACAGGAAGCCUCCCAUCUAUAAGAGAACGGAGCCUACACAACUUUGCUGUGAACAUACUUGUGUACUUGUGUAUGUGGUGUCAGACAAUCAUUUGAACGCAGCAACCAAAAGUAGGACCAGUGAGGAUAUCCUGAGAUCCUCCAGACUGUCUACCUACUCUCCUGAGCCAUACACUGAGUGUGACUACUACCCGUACAGCAGCUCCCCCAGGACCUAUCGUGUACCAAGGAGACGGUUCUCGACAGGGGGAGAUGAAGAGAGUUGGAGUCACAGUCUUCAAAGAAUUGGAAGUGGCAUAGGGAGGAUGAUCCUAAAGGAGGAGAUGAAAGCCAGAUCUGGUUCCUAUGACAACGACCCCUGGGGCAGUGCAAGGAAUUCUCGUAGUGGGAGCAAGGAAACCCUCAACACUGCAGGCUACAGCUCCACGGCUUACAACAACACUAUCAACGGAUCUCGAUCCCAAUACAGCACUGAUAGCGAUUUUGUAUGCAAGUCUGCCUCACUUCCAGGUUAUGGACGCAAUGGCAUACAAAGGCCUCAGAGUGCUGACUGCUACCAGUACCAGUACGACAGUAGCAGUGAAGUCAAUUGGGGAAGCAGAGCGGAAUACAAGAUUUACCCCUAUGAAGCCCUCAUUGUCACCACCAGAGGGAGGAACAGGCUUCCCAAAGAUGUCGAGAGAGCCAGACUGGAGCGUCACCUGUCCCCGGAGGAGUUUGUCCAAGUGUUUGGCAUGACCAUUGAGGAUUUCGACAGGUUGGCUUUAUGGAAGAGGAACGAGCUAAAGAAACAGGCCCGACUCUUUUAAUAGCGUGCGGACAUCUGUUAAAUACUGCCAUACAUCUAGAGAGAAACUGAAAACUAUGGAGAUGUCUGCACCGUUUCACUGCCAUGGCUGAGAACCUGUUCUAGAUCUCCUCAAGCAACCGACCAAAUUGUGGGCACACCAGCACAGAGUUGUGGGAUUCAGAGACAUUUAUGCACAGAAACAGUGCUUGUGUGUUCACGUGCUGGAGUGGUGUGAAAGCAAUACAGGCUUGUAAGUUACAGAUACCAUCUUGUGCUUUUCUUUAUUGUGAAGGAUUAAGGAACGCACGUCUGCACCAUAUACACAAAGAAAAAACAGAGCUGCCCAACUUUGAUACUAUGAGGGGGAUUUUGGCUUUGCCUUAUUUGUUAUGCUUUCUUCAUAUAUUUUAUGAGUGUGCAGCACCAGCAAUCUGAAUAAGUAGAAUGUAGUUGCAGUAUAUCAUUUAUGUCACUUUAUUAGUGUGAAUGAUACAUGAUCAGAAUGGAUGAGCGCUAGAAUGCAGUUUGCUUUGUUUUUUUUUGCAUUAUCUUCACUUCCCCCUGAUUUUGCACUCUUAACUCAAAUUACUGUGUUCCUUUAUACUGACUGAUAAUAAGAAGCAAUGAGCAACGAGAAGUACGUCUAAACUUACUUGACUUAAACAUGAAAAACCAAAGUGUGCAAAUACAGAUUAGCUGUAGACAUUGAUGUAAUAGUUACACUAUUCAAAAUGAAUGACAAUGCAUAGACUGUGUUGUAAUGUUUGAGAAUGUUCAUUACAUUUAACUGAUAACAGAAGACAAGCCACAGACACAAUGUUGUUGUUAUUGUUGUUUUCUAGUUCAUUGCAACAGAGUGUUGAGGACAGUGGCCAUUCAAACGAGAUCCAAAAUGAUGAUCCAAUAAUUUUGUAGCUAGUAUACAGGGGUUUUGAUAAGUAACAAAGAACUGCUUUGCAAGGAUUUUCACAUGUUGGUUAAGAUCCAGGGUUGUUGACGUUUUGCCUUUGAACGCUGUUAUUUUGGAUUUUGUCACUAAAAUUAAACUCAUAAUUCCCCCUUUC